AUGGCUCUAUACAAUACGACGGAGGUGUUUUAUAUCCGGAACCUGAGGAAGACAAUAAAAGGUGGUAAUGAUUUAUUUAUUUUAGUCAGCAAAAUGUCUUGGGUAUAUCAGUAUUUAAGCACGGGCAACCAUGGCUCUAUACAAUACGACGGAGGUGUUUUAUAUCCGGGACCUGAGGAAGACAUUGAAAUGGGGGAAAGAAUUCCAUUAACAAAUGUAAAUCGUUCUCGUAGUACUAAUGAUAUUCGAACAGUGCAAAGAGAGGAUGCUGCUAAUCGUAUACGGUAUGGCCAUAAUGCAGCAUACGACGAUUUGGAUACGAGUGGCGAAACAGUUGAAUUUGAACGGGUGCCAGAAACAAGGCCAGAGAGUGUCACGGACGGGGCCGCAAUUAGCACAGCUGGAGUUACAAGUUCAAGGCAGAUAGCGAUAGCGGCUGGCGCGGCGACAACUGCUGCUGCCGCAGGGGAAAGCGGCGCGGAAGCCAAAGAGGAAAGCGGCGCGGAAGCCAAAGAGGAAAGCGGCGCGGAAGCCAAAGAGGAAAGCGGCGCGGAAGCCAAAGAGGAAAGCGGCGCGGAAGCCAAAGAGGAAAGCGGCGCGGAAGCCAAAGAGGAAAGCGGCGCGGAAGCCAAAGAGGAAAGCGGCGCGGAAGCCAAAGAGGAAAGCGGCGCGGAAGCCAAAGAGGAAAGCGGCGCGGAAGCCAAAGAGGAAAGCGGCGCGGAAGCCAAAGAGGAAAGCGGCGCGGAAGCCAAAGAGGAAAGCGGCGCGGAAGCCAAAGAGGAAAGCGGCGCGGAAGCCAAAGAGGAAAGCGGCGCGGAAGCCAAAGAGGAAAGCGGCGCGGAAGCCAAAGAGGAAAGCGGCGCGGAAGCCAAAGAGGAAAGCGGCGCGGAAGCCAAAGAGGAAAGCGGCGCGGAAGCCAAAGAGGAAAGCGGCGCGGAAGCCAAAGAGGAAAGCGGCGCGGAAGCCAAAGAGGAAAGCGGCGCGGAAGCCAAAGAGGAAAGCGGCGCGGAAGCCAAAGAGGAAAGCGGCGCGGAAGCCAAAGAGGAAAGCGGCGCGGAAGCCAAAGAGGAAAGCGGCGCGGAAGCCAAAGAGGAAAGCGGCGCGGAAGCCAAAGAGGAAAGCGGCGCGGAAGCCAAAGAGGAAAGCGGCGCGGAAGCCAAAGAGGAAAGCGGCGCGGAAGCCAAAGAGGAAAGCGGCGCGGAAGCCAAAGAGGAAAGCGGCGCGGAAGCCAAAGAGGAAAGCGGCGCGGAAGCCAAAGAGGAAAGCGGCGCGGAAGCCAAAGAGGAAAGCGGCGCGGAAGCCAAAGAGGAAAGCGGCGCGGAAGCCAAAGAGGAAAGCGGCGCGGAAGCCAAAGAGGAAAGCGGCGCGGAAGCCAAAGAGGAAAGCGGCGCGGAAGCCAAAGAGGAAAGCGGCGCGGAAGCCAAAGAGGAAAGCGGCGCGGAAGCCAAAGAGGAAAGCGGCGCGGAAGCCAAAGAGGAAAGCGGCGCGGAAGCCAAAGAGGAAAGCGGCGCGGAAGCCAAAGAGGAAAGCGGCGCGGAAGCCAAAGAGGAAAGCGGCGCGGAAGCCAAAGAGGAAAGCGGCGCGGAAGCCAAAGAGGAAAGCGGCGCGGAAGCCAAAGAGGAAAGCGGCGCGGAAGCCAAAGAGGAAAGCGGCGCGGAAGCCAAAGAGGAAAGCGGCGCGGAAGCCAAAGAGGAAAGCGGCGCGGAAGCCAAAGAGGAAAGCGGCGCGGAAGCCAAAGAGGAAAGCGGCGCGGAAGCCAAAGAGGAAAGCGGCGCGGAAGCCAAAGAGGAAAGCGGCGCGGAAGCCAAAGAGGAAAGCGGCGCGGAAGCCAAAGAGGAAAGCGGCGCGGAAGCCAAAGAGGAAAGCGGCGCGGAAGCCAAAGAGGAAAGCGGCGCGGAAGCCAAAGAGGAAAGCGGCGCGGAAGCCAAAGAGGAAAGCGGCGCGGAAGCCAAAGAGGAAAGCGGCGCGGAAGCCAAAGAGGAAAGCGGCGCGGAAGCCAAAGAGGAAAGCGGCGCGGAAGCCAAAGAGGAAAGCGGCGCGGAAGCCAAAGAGGAAAGCGGCGCGGAAGCCAAAGAGGAAAGCGGCGCGGAAGCCAAAGAGGAAAGCGGUGAGGAAGCCAAAGAGGAAAGCGGUGAGGAAGCCAAAGAGGAAAGCGGUGAGGAAGCCAAAGAGGAAAGCGGUGAGGAAGCCAAAGAGGAAAGCGGUGAGGAAGCCAAAGAGGAAAGCGAGGGUGGACCAGAGGGUGGACCAGAGGGUGGACCAGAGGGUGGACCAGAGGGUGGACCAGAGGGUGGACCAGAGGGUGGACCAGAGGGUGGACCAGAGGGUGGACCAGAGGGUGGACCAGAGGGUGGACCAGAGGGUGGACCAGAGGGUGGACCAGAGGGUGGACCAGAGGGUGGACCAGAGGGUGGACCAGAGGGUGGACCAGAGGGUGGACCAGAGGGUGGACCAGAGGGUGGACCAGAGGGUGGACCAGAGGGUGGACCAGAGGGUGGACCAGAGGGUGGACCAGAGGGUGGACCAGAGGGUGGACCAGAGGGUGGACCAGAGGGUGGACCAGAGGGUGGACCAGAGGGUGGACCAGAGGGUGGACCAGAGGGUGGACCAGAGGGUGGACCAGAGGGUGGACCAGAGGGUGGACCAGAGGGUGGACCAGAGGGUGGACCAGAGGGUGGACCAGAGGGUGGACCAGAGGGUGGACCAGAGGGUGGACCAGAGGGUGGACCAGAGGGUGGACCAGAGGGUGGACCAGAGGGUGGACCAGAGGGUGGACCAGAGGGUGGACCAGAGGGUGGACCAGAGGGUGGACCAGAGGGUGGACCAGAGGGUGGACCAGAGGGUGGACCAGAGGGUGGACCAGAGGGUGGACCAGAGGGUGGACCAGAGGGUGGACCAGAGGGUGGACCAGAGGGUGGACCAGAGGGUGGACCAGAGGGUGGACCAGAGGGUGGACCAGAGGGUGGACCAGAGGGUGGACCAGAGGGUGGACCAGAGGGUGGACCAGAGGGUGGACCAGAGGGUGGACCAGAGGGUGGACCAGAGGGUGGACCAGAGGGUGGACCAGAGGGUGGACCAGAGGGUGGACCAGAGGGUGGACAGGGCUCCAACUUGCAUAAUCAAUUCAGUGUGAGCAUCUGCUUGUGUCAUGCCUAG